AUGGGAAAGGAUUAUUAUUCUAUAUUAGGAGUUAGUAAAGACUGUACAACAAAUGAUUUGAAAAAAGCUUAUAGAAAAUUAGCCAUGAUGUGGCACCCUGAUAAGCAUAAGGAUGUUAAAUCAAAAAAGGAAGCAGAAGAGAAAUUUAAAAAUAUAGCUGAAGCUUAUGAUGUUUUAUCUGAUGAAGAAAAGAGAAAAAUUUAUGAUACAUAUGGAGAAGAAGGGUUAAAAGGAUCAAUACCUACUGGAGGAAGUACAUAUGUUUAUAGUGGAGUAGACCCAUCAGAGUUAUUUAGUAGAAUAUUUGGAUCAGAUAGUCAAUUUUCCUUUACAUCAGCAUUUGAUGAGGAUUUUUCUCCUUUUUCUACUUUCGUCAACAUGACUUCAAGAAAAGCAAGACCAUCUACUAAUACAAAUAUAAAUUCUAACAACUAUAACAAACCAGCAACAUAUGAGGUACCUCUUUCUUUAACAUUAGAAGAAUUAUAUAGUGGAUGUAAAAAAAAAUUAAAAAUAACAAGAAAAAGAUUCAUGGGAGCGAAAAGUUAUGAAGAUGAUAAUUUUGUAACAAUAGAUGUAAAAGCAGGAUGGAAAGAUGGAACAAAAAUUACUUUUUACGGAGAAGGGGAUCAAUUAUCCCCCAUGGCCCAGCCAGGAGAUUUAGUUUUUAAAGUAAAAACAAAAGCACAUGAUCGUUUUUUAAGAGAUUCAAAUCAUUUAAUAUAUAAAUGUCCAGUACCACUUGAUAAAGCUUUAACUGGUUUUCAAUUUAUUGUAAAAUCAUUAGAUAACAGAGAUAUAAAUGUAAGAGUAGACGAUAUAGUAACACCCAAAACAAGAAAAAUAGUAGCAAAUGAAGGAAUGCCUUCUUCAAAACAUCCUGGUAUGAAAGGAGACUUAAUAGUAGAGUUUGAUAUUGUAUUUCCUAAAAGUUUAACUAGUGAAAAAAAGAGAAUAAUAAGAGAAGUAUUGGCAAACACUUUUUAA